AUGUAUGCUCUUCUCGAUGUAUAUUCGCGGAGAUAUGCACGUCUCGGUAGUGAGUGUGGCCAGGCUGGCCAGGUAGUGAGUGUAGACUCUAUUGCAGCGCUGCUGGACUCACUGGCCACGGCCACCGAGACAGAGCAGUGCCCGGGGAAGUGCUUGCACGCCCUCGCUGCUCUAGUCUGUCACGAGGUGGUGCCCGGGACCGACCUCUUGUCCCAUCCCAGGAGGAAUGCUGCCGGCAAGGGCCCAUCCAGCCUCUUAACACUCACUGAUUUUGAGGUGAAGCAGCUAGGGGAUGAGGUCACAGAUGAGCUGCGCCCACCAAUGGAAGUAGGUCAUGCUAAACAGUCGUUAGCCAAAGGAAUUGCUGAAGACAUCUUUGUACCAAGAUUCCAUUUAUAUGAUACUUGUCUGAUGCUACAACAUGACGGAAUCUUCAUAAAAGAGAUACGUUCAGCAACACUUUUUGCUAACAUCAGUUUAGUACAACCUACUUGGACUAGCAGCAGCAACACUGACCCAGUGACGGACUCAACCGUGGAUGUCACAGACGAUACUCAAGAGACAACAGAGAGCCUAUCCACCUGGGGAGGAGUAAUCGAGGCUGAGGAAGAUGCUCCUACGUUGCUGCCUUCUACACACCAGCCUCCUUCCACACAUGAGCCGCCAAGCAUACACCUGCCACAAGACAAUAAGCCCGUAGUAGAUGCAGCUGUGGAUAAGACAAUAAAGCCCUUGGAUGAGAGACUAAGUGAAGAAGAGCCGCUUAAAGAGACAAAAGAGGAUAUUAUGGCAGAUGAAAUGUACUCAACUGAGGUACCAACCACCAUCAUACCCAAGGCUCAAGCCUAUGCUCCCUCCAGCAGUUUGAGAGUGUGCCCUGGAGUGUGUGUGGCCAACCGCAUCAGUGAGUACUGUGAAGCUGCCCUCGAUGUCAACCAGCUGUGUAGGUCAGGACUACGAUGUUGUGUGUCAGGUGACCUCUUUCUUGACGUUGAUGAACCACCUAAAGAGUUUGUUCUCCUCAAUCCUAAGAAGUCGACGGAGAAGACAGAGGAUGUGAGAGAGCAAGAGAGAACAAGCACAGAGAGACCCACUACCAUCACCACAAGUGCCACUACAUCCAGAAGCACUCAUCUCACCACAGUCUACACCCGCCACACAGUGCCUACCACCAAACCACCCAGAGACAUCCCACAAGAGAUACGCUGCAAGGGCACGUGUGUUGCUGGCUUCUUUGCCUUUCUGUGUGAUGAAAUUGACCGCUUUGGUGUAUGUCCCAGAGGUGGCCGGUGUUGCGUUACCCAAAGACGACAACCCAAACCCAAACCGUCCACCAACUCCUCUGAACCUGUACCUACAACCACUACAAAAACAACUACAUCCCAACCUAUGCUGUUGCCCUCAACUCGUCCCCUACCUCCCUGCCCGGGUAACUGCCUUCCUGCUCUGGUUUCAUCCUUUUGCAGUCAGCCCUCAGUUUUGAUCAAGGCUUCUGGGUGCAAGGACGGAACUGUGUGCUGUGAUAAUCGUGCUGAGACUCAGACCCCGGCACCUCCAGCAUCUCCUGCCAGUGAACCAUAUGAACCAACACCACCUGCCAGAGAGCCAUACCAUCCAGAACCACCUGCAAGGGAACCAUUCCAGCCACCACCUGCAAGGGAACCAUACCAGCCAGAACCACCUGCAAGGGAACCAUAUCAGCCACCACCACCUGCGAGGGAACCAUACCGUCCACAACCUCCUCCAGAGAGACCCAUCCCCCAAGCAUUUGAGACAUUUGCUUCACUUUUCACACGACCACCUUCACCUUCUAGACCAGUGGAUAGACCCUAUAGACCACGACCCACUCAGCCACCACCACCUCCAACAACCACAACUACGACCACCACUACCACUACUACCACGACUACCACCACAACACCUGCACCAACAACUGAGCCACCAGAUUUGCGAGCUGAAUGUCCUGGUACCUGCAUACAACCAUUCCUCUCUUUCACUUGUUUUGGGAAUUUUGAGAUGACAGACCUGUUCCAUGCAGUUAAAAACCCGACGAAUGUUUGCUCACCUAAAUCUGCUCUCAGAGAUGUUCUGGUUGAAGAAAUUGAAAAACUGCCCGGGAAAGACACAUUCUGUCUAUCCUUUUUGAAGGGGUCUUACAUUCAGUCUUAUGGCCAACCUGGAUAUGAACACACUGUGUAUGAAGAAAGUUCGUUUGACACUUCAAAUUAUCCUCCAUAUGAGCAGCCACCUCAUGAGCAACCAGUGUAUGAACAACCCCAGUUUGAGCAUCAUAACUAUGAACAGCCUUAUGAGCAACCGCCAUACGAGCAUUCACCUUAUGAACAACCUCCAUACGAGCAUCCACAAUAUGAACAUCCACCAUAUGGGCAGCCUUCCCAUAAACCACCUUACGAACAGCCUCCAUACCAACAAUACCAGCCAGAGCAACAACAUGAGCGCCCAUAUACUCCAUUGUCAAAUAUUACACGAGAAGAGGCUAAAGUGAUGAUCAGACCCACAACGGAAGUGUCAGUAAGGAACAAGUACGUGUGUGGUGUGAAGGGUACUCAGAGACUUGGACGAGUGGUGGGAGGGGAGGAUGCCCUUCCUGGAGAGUGGUGCUGGCAAGUGGCACUCAUCAACUCCCUAAACCAGUACCUGUGUGGUGGAGCACUCAUUGGCACUCAGUGGGUUCUUACUGCUGCUCACUGUGUAACUAACAUUGUUCGUUCUGGUGACGCAAUAUACGUACGAGUUGGUGACCACGAUCUGACUACCAAGUUUGGCUCCCCCGGUGCCCAGACCCUUCGUGUAGCCACUACCUACAUCCAUCACAACCACAACUCCCAGACACUUGAUAAUGACAUUGCCCUCCUGAAGCUGUACGGUCAUGCUGAUUUGAAGGAGGGAGUAUGUCUGGUCUGCCUCCCUGCCCGGGGCGUCAGCCAGGUGGCUGGUAACAGGUGCAUUGUUACAGGCUACGGUUAUAUGGGCGAAACUGGGCCCAUACCCUUGCGUGUACGCGAGGCAGAGGUGCCAGUAGUGUCAGACAAUGAGUGUGUGAGGAAGAUCAAUGCUGUAACAGAGAAAAUCUUCAUCUUGCCAGCUUCCUCUUUCUGUGCUGGAGGGGAGAGUGGACAUGAUGCCUGUCAGGGUGAUGGAGGCGGCCCUCUGGUAUGCAACGUGGAUGGCUACUACGAGCUGAGUGGUCUGGUAUCGUGGGGCUUCGGGUGUGGUCGACAAGAUGUUCCUGGAGUCUAUGUCAAGGUCUCCUCCUUUAUCGGAUGGAUUAACCAAAUUAUAUCUGUCAACAACCUCUAAGGUUUCAUGGCACCAAUCAAAUAUUCUUCCGCUCAAGUAUUUUUUAGGGUUUCAAAUGGCCUUUCUCAACAAUGAUUUCUACAAAUUUUUUUUUAUUGGGAGUGAGGUUGUGUGGGAUUAAAGAUACCUUUAUCUCUCUUCGGGGUGAAUUAGCAAUAUUCUGGAUGUGUUCUAGCGGGUAUGGGGGGUUUCUCUCCAGGUCAGGACAUUAUCUCAGAUGAGAAUCUUAGGGAAAUGUGAAUAUUUUUAGCAUUUUUGAGGUUUGGUCUGGAUGUUUGUUUCUGUUUUUAUGUUGCAUAAUUUUGUUUGUGCUGUGGCUUCUGGCACUGACAGCAAACAAAACAUGGAAUCCCAAUUGACUUUAGGUUUAUUAAUUUUGCCAUUCAGUUACCUUGUGCUUGUUUCAGAUGACUGUAAAUGGUACCAACAGACUAUGGAAAAGGAAACCUGUGUACAGCUCAGGGCAUAUAUUAAAUGAAAUCUUUUUUCACGAGAGGUUUUUCAUCAAUUUUAAUUAGGACUGAUGAAGCCAUUUGUGGUAAGUUUAUUCAGGUAUACACAAAUACAGUUACAUAGAAUUAUCACACAUAGCAGCAUAUGAGUAGAGAACCUAGGAUAACCCAAAAAAGUCAGAGAGUGACUUAUUUCCAUUGGGGUCCUUUAGGGUGAAACAUUUCUUUUAAUAAAUGUCCUGAACUGUAAACAUGUCCUUUUCCACUGUUUCAGAUUAAUUUAAUUUUCUUGUAAAUGUAAUUCCCACCUAGAGACAAAAUCAUUCAGAAUAUCUCACUGAUGAAAAACCAAAGUUCUCACCGUGAAAAAAUAUUUUAAGCCAUAAUAAGCUAUAGGGGUACUGUUGUUAUUGUUGUUGUUAUACAUUAUUUAUAUUAAUUUAUUCUUAAUAUUUAAUGCAAACCCAUGAACCAGAAUGGGGUUUAUCUUAACACUCAUGUUGUGUGACAAUAGGGUUGACUAAAUCAGCUUGUGGUUGACAUGAUAGACAAUAUUUGUCACAUGAUUCACAACAAGGCAGUAAUUCUGUCCUAAUAAGCAUUGUGGAAAUAUAUAGUCGAAGAGUGAGCAGCUGUUAGAAGUAUCAUGUCUUAUUUGUGUGCUCUGAAGACAUUCAAGGUGGUACCAUAACCACAGCUUGCAGAGAAAUGUUAUAAAAUGGCAACACAAUGGAAAGAACAGAAAAUGGUAUAUAACACCGACAAGUAAGACACCUGUGUAACAGUUGAGUAUAUUGUUGAAACAUUCCGCCUACACAGUAGACUUCUUCAGUCAAAUACAGAGAAAUAAAUUGCUGCCUCCAAUUUAUCCUCCUCUGUAUUUGACUGAAGAAGUCUACCAUGUAGGAAAAACAUUUCAACAGUAAAGAUAAACAACUGUCUUACUCAUCAAUGAGUAAGAGUAUAAUACAAUUUUUUAUUGAUGUUUUGUCAACAACAGUAGGCUUUAUGUAGUCACAGACAGGUAUACAUAAGUACAGUUAUCGUAUCUAUAAAUUACCUAGGAUAGAUAAAUAAAAAAAGUCAAGACAAAGUGAAUUAUUUCCAGUGGGUGACUUUACAAAACCUACUGAGUAUAACAUCAUAAAUAAAAGUAUUACAUUAU